AUCUUAGCUACAAAAACAGUUUAACUCUGGUCCUUAAACUGUUAGUGGAAACCACUAUAUAUGCGUAUUAGACACACAUUCCUAUGAUUAAUUAUUUAUAUUUGCUACCAGAUUUUCAGGUAGAGCUCAUGUCCGCCACGCGUAGUAUUCGAUAAUUUUGGUGUCAACACGCACAAAAUCAAAGACUCAGAAGAAGAGAGAAAAAAUGGCAAACAGUAAUGGAAGAAUUAGAGAGUCAGUUUUUUACAAAGAAGUGUUACCAUUUGCAGCUAUGGUGUGUAUGGAAUGUAUAAAUGUUGGAUUAAACACACUUUACAAAGCUGCUACUAACAAAGGCAUGAGUAAUCAUGUCUUUGUUGUUUACAGUUAUGGUCUUGCUGCUGUUCUCCUUCUUCCUUCUCCCUUUUUCUCUACCAGAUCAAGACUACUUCCACCCCUCAACUGUUCAAUUCUUGCCAAAAUCUUUCUUCUUGGAGUUAUCGGGUGUACAUCACAGAUAAUGGGGUAUACAGGAAUUAAUUAUAGCUCUCCUACACUUGCCUCCGCCAUCAGCAAUCUCGUCCCUGCUUUUACUUUUGUCUUGGCUGUCAUUUUCAGGAUGGAAAAGAUAGAAUUAAAAAGAUCAAGUACUCGAGCCAAAGUCUUGGGCACGGUGGUUUCCAUCGCUGGAGCAUUCGUAGUGACUCUCUACAAAGGCCCAAAAUUAUUGGUGGCUAUCACGUCCACGCCCAAUUUACUAUAUCAACCUCUCAGUUCGUCCCAAUCGAAUUGGAUGCUUGGCGGCCUUUUCCUCACAACUGAAUAUUUUUUGGUUCCUAUGUGGUACAUUGUUCAGACAUGGAUUAUGAAAGAGUAUCCAGCUGAAGUGACUGUAGUUUUCUUCUACAACUUGUGUGUGUGCUGCCUAGCUGCUAUUGUAGGCUUUUUCACUGAACCUGACUCUAGCAAAUGGCGAAUUAAACCAGAUAUUGCGCUGGCCUCCAUCCUAUGCUCUGGAAUUUUGGGCUCAUCCCUAAACAAUACAAUUCACACCUGGGCUUUGCGCGUCAAAGGACCAGUGUAUGUAGCAAUGUUCAAGCCACUGUCCAUUGCCAUUGCAGUUGCCAUGGGAGUCAUUAUCCUAGGAGAUACUCUUUAUUUGGGAAGCGUCCUGGGAGCGACUGUAAUUGCCAUUGGAUUCUAUACUGUAAUGUGGGGAAAGGCAAAAGAGAUGCCUGAAUAUGACGGUUCUAGUGAUGAUCUCGAGUCGUCUUCAGCUCAAAAGUUCCCCUUGUUACACAAUUACAAAAAUGAAGUCAUCUCAAACAAGUAAACAUGUUAGAUGUUCUUGUGAAGUCAUCAAACAGAAAUGCAAGUUACACAAAAAGAGCGUUGUUGCUGUAAAGCAAGAAAGAAGCUAUGUUUCUUACACAAGGGUAGCAGUUGUAUAGGAAGAAACAAAAGGUUUCUGUGGGGAAAAACAAUGCAGCAAACUGUUGGCAUAUAUCCUCGUUUUGUACAGCUCUUCUGAAACAGUUUGCUCAACUUGUAUCUCAGGAAUGAACUAAAGCCUAUUGUAGUACAGUAACUGAGCAAAAAUGUAUCAGGUAUAUAAUCAAGGCAUUGCUAAUUAAUCAAAAUUAAGCAGGAUGUGUGCAUCCUUUCUGUACUUCAACAGGCUCUAAUGUACUUCUUUAUACUAAGAAAGAUUGUUAAACCUCAA